CGCAACCUCGGCAGCCCGCAUCCCCUAGGCCCUCAAAACGACAUGAAAAGCGACCGCGAUGCUUUUUGCGAGCGCCUGGGCGCUGUUCCUCAGCUGCCUCUCAACGACUUCCUCCGCCAUUUUGCGCCCAAACAGAAACUUACCGCGAAGGAGCUUGAGCAAGUGAUGACGAAGAUCAGGCAGAAAUCAAGGACUCAUGAACAUCUCGGCGAGGAAGAUGCCAACAUGAAGCAGCGUGGCUCGCAAAAACCGGGAACGAGGCGUGCGUCUCCCGAGACGGGCAAUGGUGGAUUUACAUCAUGGACCGACUAUGUGCGACUACCGCCUCACUUGCACGAAGUCGAGGAGGGCACGUACGGUGGUCUCGUCGCUAUUCAUAGGCAGAUCGUGCAGUGUCGCUCGGAGGUGAAUGACAAGCUUAAGCAGACGUUGGCGCUUCAGAGCUGCGAGACGUUCGAGACUAAAAGUGAAGAGGAGAAGUGGUCACUUCCUGGCGGCGUGCACCAACCGAUUGCUGAGCAAGACAGCAUAUUCAAUUGGCACAACGUCGUCGUCGUCGAGGAGUAUGAACACACAAGCUAUCGUAGGUGCAAUAGCUCGAUCUCGCGUUCGGGUCCAAGCCAUCAAACAAUGAACAAGAUCAUUGCCAACUCGAAGAAGGUCCUUUGGAGCAUGCACCAGACUCUACGCUCGGAUCUUCGUCGGCGCUUCACGUUCGGUAUCACCUUUGCGGAUACUGAAGUCCGCCUAUGGCAUCUCAAUCGCGCGGUGGCCGUCGUGAGCGAGCCAUUCGACCUCUACACCGACGCACAAACCUUGGUCGACGUCUACUCUCGAUUGGCCCUCGCAACGCUAGAAGAACUUGGAUACGACCCCAACAUCGAGCUGCUCCGCAACCUCCCAUCAUCGUGCCCGAAUCGGGCGCACUCAGACCAAUAUCGCAUCACUAUCUGCGGCGAGGCGUACAUCACCGUCGAGGUCCUCGCCGACCAUGCUACCGAGCGCGGACUUGGUAAAUGCACGCGUGUGUAUCGCGCGUACAAGGAGAGCGACGCGUCAAUUGACGCGAAGGUCCGGACAUACUACGUGAUCAAGGACUGUUGGGUGGAGGCCGGCAAGAGUACCGAGUACGAGAUAUACGAGGACAUCAUGAAGCGCAUCGAAGAGCACGACUGGGAAGGCUUUCACGACGCGGCGCCGACGAACAUCACGGACCUCCUGCAGUUUGAAGUGAUCUCUGAGUCGACCAAGUCCGCAGACCCUUUGUAUGGUCUCAGCGUUGAUGAGCGGAAGAAGUUUUUUGUCAGGGUAAUUGCUGGUGAGAAGGUCGAGGUCGGUGGGGUUGUCGACGACACGCAUGCGGUGAUUGGCAGGUGCUGCAGCUUUCCUCCUGAGAAUCGCAAGGUCUACGCUGUCUGCGAGCGCGCUAUCCUGCGUGUCGGCGAAGAGCCGGUGCUGUGCGGCGUCGCCACGUACAGGCACGGGAUUGAAAUAGACCUCCCGGUCCAGCAAGAAGGCUGCUUUCUACGCGAAAUCCCUGCUCUACAGCAUCACCGCAUAGUCAUGGAAGAGGGGCAACGGCUGCUCGAUAACCCCGAGAUCAGGACGGUGUUCUCGACAAUGAAGGACGCUUCCUACGCGCUGUUCCUGCUGCAUUCCGUUGGUUUGGUGUACGGGGACGUGAGCUCCGGCAACAUUCUCCGCCGACCUAACGGCCAUGGCGUCCUCACAGACUUCGAGUCCGUUAGAAGCGUCACUGACCCGACCUUGAGCACUAUGCGCACUGGCACCCCAGAUUUCUGCGCGCUGGAGGUCGUCCUCGGCGACUUCCUUGCCGGGAAGCCUCUGCGCAAUAAUGCUAAGCGAGCAUUCCGCGACCCGGAUGACCCAAAAGAGAAGCCAGCCCCUCCACUUCAAGCCCCUGCUGAAGGUGAUAAUCGUCUCGCCUGGAAAUUUCGCGACGCGCACGAUCUCGAGUCGAUUUUCUGGCUCAUCCUUUGGUUGCUGCUCCGGCAUGAUCUCGAAGGUCCUGUCUCGCCAACAUACGACGCCGACAGAAAAUACGACCAGUACUACACGAAAAUCUUCUCUCAUACCUUCUACAACUCCCCCGCAAGAUCCCGCGCGCUCGCCGAUCCCGAUUUCCUCGAGCAGACGCUCGGCACGCUGCCGCCGGAGUGGAACAAAUACAUGGUAGGCGCGCUGGCGAUUCUUCGCGAGGAGUUGUGGGACGUUUACCGGGCUCGUGACAAGCCUCUGCCUCCGACGCUGUGGGCGAUGGUGCAUCUCACGUGUGCGAUGGGCGAGCGUAUUCCUGGCUCGUUCGUGCCACCGGCUUUGGAGGAGGGAACUUCGAGAUCGGACAACAAGCGUGAGGAGGGUGCGGUUUCGGUGAACGCGAAGGCAGCAGGCGCGGCCAGCGGUAUAUGCGGGUCAGCUCGCAAGGUAGGCGACAAGCGUGAGCGCGAGGAUGCGGAGGAGGUUGUCGAGGAGUCGGGAUGUCUCACGGAGCCCCAGCUCAAGCGAAGAAAGUCCACCAUGGUCCCUUCGCAGCAGUGGUCGUUGCGGUCGUAAUAUAAGCUUUCAUUCUCCGUGGAUCAUGCUUCACUCGUGUAUUGUUGUCAAAUCGUCAUGAAAUGCUACAGUGCUAGUUGAUAGCUUCCAGGUUUCGCUGAAAUAUUGUGGAUUCUUCCUUUGCCCCUGUCACACUUUGCCACUGUAACGCUCCAGAUCCUUGUCGGAAGGAAGCGCGGGCUCUCGAUGUUCGAGUUGAUGUGCAUUUGAGUCACGUGCCUCGGGACCGAUACUUCGG